AUGUCCGCACUCCAACAAGUUGGAUAUACAAAAAUCCGCCUUGCAUUCAAUGCUACACCCGAAAUUGAACGAAAAAAGGCAAUAAAAGAAGCACAAAUUGAAAGAAAUUCUCUUCGAGAAUUUGAACAGAAAAUAAAAAAUGUGGACAAUAAUAUCCCUUUUGAUCAAGUUAAAAAUUGGUAUAUUGAACAGCAAAAGAAUACUUGGCAUAAAAAUGAUUAUUUGCCCUGGCUACUUUAUGGCAAUUUUUUUGAAUUUUUAAGAAUGAAAUUAAUUUUAAAAAAUUUUGUAUAG